CUGGAGUCCGAGCUUAUAAUAUUUUUUUCUCCAUGUUUCAGUUCUCUGCAGUUUUAGUUCUCUUCUUUUUCAUUUGCGUUCUGAUGAUUCACUAUCUACAUUUGAUCGGUGAGUUUUGGUUCUGCAGAGUCGUAAAAGUGGUGGACUGGUUCUCGGAGACUCUGUUUGACAAGAACUUUCUUAGUGGUGGAAGAACAACAAUGGCGUUAACAAAAAUAGUGAAGUCAGAGGAAGAGGAGUUAGAUUUAGGAUUAGGUUCAGUUACUACGUUCACGAGAGGGUUAGGGAGAAAAAGGGUUUUGUUUUCAAGCAGAGAGAUUCCGGCAACUGAAUCGACGACGCCGGUGAAGAGACAAAGAAGCAGAACUAGUAAUGUUUCGUUGUCUUCUGAGAGAUCUCGCCUUGAAUCUCUGCCCCAAGAACUUUUGAUUAGAGUGGUCUGUGGCGUGGAUCAUGAUGAUCUGAAUAGUCUAAAUAUUGUAUCUAAAUCAAUCAGAGAAGCUAGUUUGGUAGCAAAAGAGUUACAUUUUUCAUAUAACACACCCAAAAAGACUCGCGCUUUUCGAAACCAACUAGAUUUUGAGGAUUUGAGCCAGCAAGUGGAAGAUGUCGAGCCUCCUAACGCACCGGUUCGCCGCCAUCGUUGGACCGACGCUAAGAGGAAAGAGAAGCUGUCUAAUGUCUCUGUGGCAUUGUUUACUUGAAAAUGAUGAUGAGAUAUGUAUAUGGGUGGGAUUCGAGUCCCUAAGUGUUAUGCACUUUGAUGACUAUACUGUUAAAGUCUCUUUGACGGUUAAUAGCUUUUUUAAAAGAUUAGUAUGCAUUUUGAUUCGGAAGCUUUUUAGGGUUCUAGAGUUGGGUUCUGUAUAGUUUCAUUUUCUGCAUACCUUGGGGAACUGAAAUGGUGUUUUUUUUAAUGUAUUUCAGUCUUUUGGGUUUUUAGUCAGAGUAUCCAAGGUUCUGUUUUUGUUUUUUUUGUCUUAGGGGUGCAAUAAAGAUAAUCAAUUCUAAUA